AAACGUUAAGGGAGGAUGUCUACCACACGUGCUGAUAUAUGCUUACAUAAACCAAAUGGCGUGGCGGGAAAUCAAGUGGAAGCCUCUCUUGAGCUCCAUUGGCUUUUCCGGUCUCUGACUCACACCGGAAGGCCCCUUCCUGUCUGUGGCCUCGCUCUCUCGUAUUCCCCAUUCCAGAUACUUUCCGUGCCCUCGAAACUUCUAACGAACCCCGUUCGUCGCCAUCGUGAGCGAUCUCUGUUCUUCUUUCGCCCCCUCUCCCCAUCUUCCUCAAAACCUCGAGAACGCCAUCUAGGGUUCCUCUUUUCUUCUCAUCGUCAUCGAAUCUUUCCAACCCUAAGCUGCAGUCAGAGAUCUGACAUCGCAAAAAUGGCCGACGCCUUCGAGGACGAGCCGGAGCAGACGGUGACGAUCGGCGAGUACAUCGAGGGGCUCGAGGCAGAAGAGCUGGAAGCUGAUUUAGUUCUGGGAGGGGACGAGGGCAAGGAAUGCACUUACGCCAAUGGGUACUUGAAGAGACAAGCGAUCUUCUCCUGUUUGACUUGUGUCCCAGCCGGCAACGCAGGGGUUUGCACGGCCUGCAGCCUCUCCUGCCACGAUGGCCAUGAGGUUGUGGAGCUCUGGACUAAGAGAAAGUUUCGUUGUGAUUGUGGCAAUUCAAAGUUUGGAGAGUUCUUCUGCAAGCUUUUUGCUGAUAAAGACUCUGAAAACAUAGAGAACACUUACAACCAUAACUUUAAAGGUUCUUAUUGCACAUGCGGUCGCCCUUAUCCUGAUCCAGAUGCUAAAGAGCAAGUAGAAAUGAUACAAUGCUGCAUCUGUGAGGACUGGUUUCACGAGAAUCACCUUGGUCUCAAUUCUUCCAAUGAGAUACCAAGAGAUGAGGAAGGAGAACCUUUAUAUGAGGAUUUUAUCUGCCAAGAAUGUGCAGUCACUUGUUCAUUCUUGAAAAUUUAUCCAGCUUGUAUUUGGGCUACUUUGAAGCAAAAAAGUACGGCACCAGUAAGCAACAGUGAGGGAAAUGUGCCAGAAGAUGGAUCCUCAGCUAGUACACAUCCUAAGAAGAUUGAAAACAACAUUAUUGUUUCUGAGAAUUUGGGGAAUUGUUCGAACACCGUUUCAGAAUCUGAAACUGUGUCUAAUGAGAAAAAUUCCUUUCAUGGUGAAAGUACAGUAAAAGAUUUGAAUUUGGAGAAGAUUGAAACAUGUGAUAAUAAUAAAGAAUCAAGACCUAAAUGCAUACUCGAAGUGGAUAUAAAUUCAAUGUCAGCUGUCUCGGAGAAAAAAGAACCCAUGUUUCUUUCUAAAAAAUGGAGAGAUCUUCUUUGCAGAUGUAGAUCAUGUUGUGAGUUCUAUGCUCGGAAAGGUAUUGACUGUCUGAUCGACAGGGAGGAUUCAAUUGAGGAAUAUGAGAAAAUGGCAAAACAGAAGAGGAAUGAGAAGUUGCAGCAGCAGGAAGGAGCGGAACUAGAUUUUCUCAAUACACUCAAUCAUGUUCAAAAAAUAGAAAUCCUAAGUGGCAUUGCUGAUAUGAAGAAUGAGUUCCAGUCCUUCCUGGAAUCUUUUGACUCAUCAAAGCCGGUUACAUCAGAGGAUAUACGAGGAGUCUUUGAAAAUCUAGCCAAGAAGAAGAAACAAAGGCUAUCAUAAGUUUUUUCAUAAUACCUCAGAUCCUUUUUCCAUGUGUCCUUGCUGCACCUGCUUUGUAUCUGAUUUUGGCCAUUUGGGCUUCGAGAAAGGGCAUCAGCAAUGUUGUCUAGUUAACCCUAAGUUACAGAUCCCCAACUUUGAAUGUGCGUGGUUGAUCUAUAUUGUGGCAAACUUCACCAGGUCCUUUGUAAGGGCUUCUUCAGUGCCAUGCACAUGGACAUAGGGAUUAUUUUCGCUGCUCAUGAUAUUUUGCUGGACUAUGAUAUGAGCUAGUGGCAUUUAUCAUAUUUAGAAGCUAGUAGUUUCUCUACCAUAUGAAUGUGUGACAUUUUAAUUUUCUUGGUCAAAUUGAAGCUGGAGAUCUUGUGCAUUAAUUUCUUCA